AUGUCUUCCAUAGACAGUAGCCCUGGAGUAGUCCCACCAGGCAUCGAGUGGCCUCCUAAAGCCGAUCUUCGAAAGGACAUCUACAAGCCCCUGCCCAGGAUUCCUCCGGGUACUAUUAAUCCAUCUGCAAUCACUGGCGACGUUCCUACUAUCCAGGCCAAAGUUGUUAUAGACGCUUUCAGUAAUGCUUUACUCAGUAACGAUGUGAAGAGGCUAGCUAGCUGCUUCUACACCGAGCAGGCAUAUUGGCGAGAUAUAGUGGCCCUUACCGGUCACUUGCGUACUUUUUCAACACCCAGUACAGUGGCUGCAGCCCUUCUGCAUACUAAAGGUCUUCGGGGUAUCUCUAAUGACGUUGAAAUAAUCGGAGCUGCCCACUUCGUUGAGAUAAGCCCGGUCAUGAUGUUCAUAGAUUGUGGGAUAUCGUUCCGCACGACAUCCCCCGCGUUGAGUUGCGUAGGCAAAAUGCUGUUGCUACCAGUAAAAAGUAAUGCGGCGACGGAUUCAGUUUCGUGGAAAAUUUGGGCCCUGUCGACUUGGGUUGAGAAUAUAGUCGGGUAUCCGGAGAAUGAGAUUUUAUUAUCGACACCCAAGAAGGCUUUGGAUGGGCUCGAUACUAUUGAGACUGACGUUCUUAUUGUCGGUGCUGGAAGCUCGGGUCUUAUGACCGCCGCGCGACUCAAAGCCUUAGGUGUUGAGAGUGUGGUCAUUGACCGAAAUGCUCAAAUCGGCGAUAACUGGAGAAAUCGCUACGACUGUCUCAAGUUCCACGUGCCGACUUCCAGUUGCGAGAUGCCAUAUGCAUACUACAGAAAGGAGCUGCAAAGCCCUUAUCGGCUCAAUAAGCACGACGUAGCGGAGCACUUAGGUCAAUACGCUACAAACUUCCAUCUCAAUGUUAUUUUAUCGACAACGAUAGGUUCGACUUCCUUCAACACUUUGGAAAAGAAGUGGACGGUUAAGCUUAAGGCUGCGGAUGGGAGCCUAGGAAAGACUAUCAUAAGCAAGCAUUUCGUUCAAGCCAGUGGGAUUGGAUCUCAAAAGCCAUACCUCCCAGCGCUAGAAGAUCAGCAUACGUUCAAAGGUCUUAGUAUCCAUUCUGCGUAUUUUCGUAAUGCGCAAUCUCUAUUAGAGCAAGGAAUUAGGUCCGUAGCUAUUAUCGGUUCAGCCAAUACUGCAUUCGACAUCAUUCAGGACUGUCAUGCUGCAGGACUAAAAACGACCAUGGUAGCCCGAUCACCAACUUACGUCUACCCAUACGAAUACGUAGUGAAUCCGCACGGCUUUGGAGCGUAUGAGAAACUUCCUCUCGAAGUAGCCGAUCGGCUUAUGUAUACUUUGCCUCCAGCUCUCGACGGGCAAUUCUCGCACGGGCUAUUCUCUCACCUUGCCUCCCAAGAACCGGACCGCUAUCUCUCCCUGGCUAAAGCAGGCUUCCCAGUCCUUGACAGUAGGGAUCCAUCAGUGGAUAUCCAAAACAUCUUAGUCGAGCGUGGUGGUGGACACUACGUUGAUGUAGGCGGCACCAAUCUUAUUGCUGAAGGCAAAGUUGCCGUACGUGGGCGUGUCGAGCCUGUAGGCUACACCGAAACUGGACUGCGCCUUUCUGACGGCAGUGUCCUCGAUACCGAUGCAGUCAUUUGGUGUACGGGAUUCGCUGAUAAAGAUGUCCGUACAACAGCAUUAGGAGUACUUGGUGAAGCGGAUCCUGAUAUGACAAACAAGACUGAUAUUCUUGGUCCAAAGGAUAUCGUAGCGCGACUAGACGCCACAUGGGGUGUAGACGCCGAGGGAGAGGUUCGCGGGGUAUGGAAACGUCACUUACGUAUGGAGAACUACUGGGUAAUGGGGGGCGUUAUCCAACAGCAGCGCUGGUGGUCUCGACCGAUGGCCCAGCAGAUCAAGUUGGCUUUAGAAGGACAUUUACCAUCCGCUUACCGGGAUACGCCAGAGCCGAAUUGA